AUGUACCUGGCUUCUUACGUUUUGAUUUUGUUCACCUUUACCGUAGUGCAGUUACAAACUGUCAGUGCUUUGGAAAUCUCUCACUCUGUUAUAAUUCACAAGUUGGAAAAACUACCAUUCUCCUUGGCAAAUUGGCUGGGGGAUUAUCGUUUUCGGAAUGGAGAAAUUCCCAAGGAAAAUAUUUGUUUGCAGCAGCUGGAAACUUUUAAAAAGAGACUGAACGAGAAUGUUUUCUGGGCUUUAAGAGUGUACGAUCAGUGGGGAAAAAUUCCACCGAACGUUCUUCACGGGGAAUUUUUUGCUCCCGGCAUUUUUGACGAAUGUAUCAGAUUAUCAGUUGGACUUGAUGACGGAUUCUUCGAAGGACUUCACUGCAUGAUUCCGUUUUAUCUUAAAGUGGCUCCCAUACCAGUUAUAUCUAUACGACUUGGAAUUUGUGUACCAAAAAGUUGUGACACUGAACUUCUGAAUCAACUUCUUCGUGAAUUUACUUUUGAAAAAGGAUUCAGCCUCCAGGAAGAUGGAAUGUAUUGCGAUAGUCGACAACCGAAUGAUCUUAAUAACGGUACAACAAUCAGUGCUAUCGUAAUUUUCUCUCUUAUAGGCCUCACAGCAGUUGUGUGCACUGCAUUCCACGUCAUCAUGAUCCUGUUGAACGGAAACCCCCCGAUGUUUGUCCACAAAGUCUCACUUUACACCAACAUUAUCAGUCUCCUAAAAACAGUGCCAAAAGCCACCGAAAAAUCGGAUACCAUCGAUGCUGUUUACGGACUGCGAUCUGUGAUAAUGUUGCAGCUGAUUAUUCACUACAUUCACGAAUCCUUACUAAUCAUACCGGUAGCCAAUCCCGAAAGUCGCCAGGAAUACUUCGAAUCCGUAUUGGGGAUUUUUAACCACCGUCUGUCUGCUUUGGCUUUCGAUGUUUUUCUCGGCUUGAGUGCCAUUGCAUUGACGUAUAAGGUGUUGCUGCAACUGCAUCAGACGCAAUCGCUGAAUUUGCUAUCAAUUUGGAUCGAUCGAAUCCUAAGGAUCCUACCAGCAUAUGGACUGUUGAUCUACUUUUGGGUCGCUUUCGGGCGGUUUUUUGGCCAGGGGCCACUCUACCGGGAGUUUGUCCUACCGGAAAUUGACGCAUGCGAGACAAACUGGUGGUCAGCGAUUUUGUUUGUUCAAAAUUAUGUUAAUCCGGAAAAUAUGUGCCUACCCCAUACAUGGUACCUCUCGGUGGACAUGCAACUCUAUCUGAUCACCCCUUUGCUGGUAUGGGCGUUGUGGAAAUUUGGCAAAAAAGUCCUGUGGCUUAUCGCUGCCUUGGCCAUUGGAUCCGUGGUCUACGUGUUGCUAAUGUUCAUCUUGAACGACUUUUCGCUGAAUUCCGAGAACCUGCAAAUGACCCGGCAUACCUAUUACGCGACACAUGCCCGUGCCGCCGUUUGGCUUUGCGGGAUCGCCUUCGGUUACUUCCUGUUCAGCACCCGAACCUACCAGGUCAAGUGGCCAGUAUGGGUCCUGGUCCUGGGAUCAAUAAUAGCAACAGCUAUUUCCGCCUUUGUCAUGUUUGCCACCUACGAAAUCUUCCGGCCAAGAUUAACGAUGGAUCCCGUUCUGGACGGAUUCUACGAAGCAUUCCAUCGAGUCGCAUUCGUCCUAGGGCUAAUGUGGUUGAUCUUCAUGUGCGCCAAUGGCUACGGAAGUCUGCUGAAUGACAUCCUGAGCUGGUCAUUCUGGCAACCGGUAGCCAGACUUUCCUACGCCAUGUACCUGCUCCAUUAUCCGAUACUGCUGGUAACGUUCACAGGUGCUCUGCGGCAGCCGUUCCAUUUCGGUGAGAUUAGUUUGCAGUACGUCUCGGUUGGCGUAAUCGCGAUUACGGCAGCCGGUUCUGUCGUUUGGACAUUGUUCAUCGAGCGACACUUUUUGGCAAUCAAAUCGAGCACACGUGCUGCCUGGUUCGGUGAACAGAUGCAAAUAAAACGUGCGUUUUCCUAG